GGGACAAUGCCAGUCCAAAUGAAGCAACUUGAUUAAUAUUUUGUAUCUUCUCAACAUCGGCUUCACUUCUUCUUCUUCUUUUCUAGUUGCUCAACCCUUGAUCCUCCCCAAGCUUGACCUGUAGAUGUGGCGGGUGGUUUCUCACAAGCCUUAGUAUCUAUCAGCACUUAUACUCGUCCGUUCCGAUUUAGAAUUGUUCUUUCUUUAUUACUUAGUCUCAACAUCAAUGCUUGUUCCGCACUUAUAGCACACUGCGCAGUUCCGGCUGUUAUUUAAGAGAAGUCUCAAUUCUGUCAUCCUACGUAGUUUCGUUUACGUCUUAUCGUUCCAGGGUUUUCCCCUAUUGCAAUCUGAGGUUGGGGCUCAAAUUGGUCAUUGAGGCAUACACCUGCUUUUACACAGCCCUGUCAGUCACAUAGGUUUUUGAACUGGUGCUGGUGAAUUGCAGCUUACUAGUAAUCCUUUCUAGCUCUCCCUCUCUCUCACGCAACAUCUCUUUUGAAUCUGUACUUCCUCGCAUUCAUAGAGCUGCUUUUGAGCAGGCGUCAUGUUCUACUUUUCAGCAGCGUAGUCCUCUGUUUGCAGGUCACACUUGCAGCAGCAGUAUUGUUCAAUGAGCACGAGAGAACUAGCUUCCAACAAGGAGCCAUUGAUUGCAACAAAUAGACCUGACGCAAUGUGCGCACCGCACAUGCUCUAGAGGAUCGCUAGAUCUUUACAUUAUCCUUCGCAUACAGGCCCUUUAUAAAUGAUUUGCGGUCCAGAAACUCAAGUCUGCUGUUAAGUUUGGCUAAAUUUGGUUAAGUUCUUGGGUAUGGUUGCUUCCAUGCCAGUACCCCUGCACCCAAUACAUUAGCCAGGGCAGAGCAAAGUUUUUUGGAAAAAGAUCGACACAUUAUCUUUCUUCUAAAUCUAGAAAUUCAGAAAGAUGGACAUGCAUGCGAUUCUGAAGCUUAGCGUUUCUCCAAGGGGGCGUAAGAACGUUGCACACGGCUACCUUGAGGAUGCUGAAGAGUUUUUCCUACAAACUCCCGACAGGAAUGCCAAACGAGCAUUUGCGAGGGAAGUGGAGGAAGCUUCUCUGGGAGAGGUCCGAGCUGCGGUGCCCUUCGUUUGGGAGUUGGUUCCUGGAACACCGAAGGGCGACCUCGACAGCGUUAUCGUGGAUGUAGGUCGUGAAUCCUCUAAUGAAACGGAAGAGACCCGAUCACAGGACCAAGCUUCACCAGGAAGCUCGGAAGGGUCUGAGGCGAUGGAGAAUUUUGGUCAAGAUUCUUCAAUGAAAGAGUUCGAAUUUAGUAGCAGGUUUGAAGCGUUUGUGGAACCUCUCCCGUGGCACGGAGCUUGUGCUCCUUACAUUUCCACAGCUGAAGAGCUGUGUUCUGGUGGCCAGGUCUCACCCUUACCUCUCCCUCCCCGAUUGCAGACAGCGAAACAUACUGAAAACUCGGACUCUGCUAGCCCUGUUCGAUCUGGCGGUGGCUUCUUCAAAAGCUACCACUACCCACACUCUCCCCGAUCGCCCCGGUCGCUGUUACUGUGUCGGCUAACCAAGACUCUGAACGGGGAGAUGUCUGUCCUAGGGAUCCAGGAACGGAAGCCGACUUCCAGGUCCUUUUCGCCGCUGCGAUUGUUCAACCAAGAAAAUCCAGCUGCUGACAGUAGUAUUUCCUCGAAGGCUUUUUCCUCCAGCGAAUCUGCUUCUUCUGUGUCAUCCUCCUCUGCUUCGACCUGGGGAGGGGAGACAAAUGCUGAUUUACCUCAGUCGUUGUGGGAGCAAAACCAGAGUAGCACGCUCAAAGAUCUCCUGUUCACCGACAUGGCUAUAGCAUCAGCAGGAAUAGGGAAUUCGAAGUUAUCGAGCAGUAAGUCUCGAAUAGUGGAGUCUAAGAGCGAGUUGUUGAAGAAGGACAUGGCUCGACGGAAUCAACGUGCUGAUGCGUCAGAAGUAGAAUCCGGACGUAGAGGGGAGCCAGCCCUUACUCCGCAGCUUUCUCGUUCUAACGCAAGAUCAAGGGCACCUAAAAUUCAGGUUCUAGAAGUGAAGUCCUUGAGAGAGGAGAACGUGAGCACGGCCCUGUGUGCCAACAGGUUUGGAAUACUAUGCAACUGUCUGGGAGUGCUCCCAAAAAGUCCUUAAGAACCCCAACCCACUUAACAUCGCCAUGAAAUAGAUGCCUCAGUACUGCCACACAUUUUCCCACUACAAACUAUGGAGGCCGUUGCUAGGGCAACACUCGAGGAGAUCGAAGGGAGAAAGUAGUCAGGUUUAGUGGCAAUGCUGAAAUUCCAAAUUAAGGGCAGCAACGGCAUGUAUACUUAUGUUACUAAAGAAAUGUGGUAUUAUGUGAGGAAUAGAUUUAUAAGGCACAUGUGAUACUUGCUUUGCUUGUAAACCUGUACAAAGGUCAAUUGCGGGUAUCAGGAAAUGAUAAAAUUUUGCUACGUCAGGUUUAGCCUGACAUUCUUGGGGUUUUUUUU